AUGCCGCUUGAAUAUGGGGUUUCGCCAUCGCUCUUCAGCGCACUUGCGAGCGUGGGCUCGCCUCCCACGGCUGCUUCGACAGCGCGGGAGCGCGGCGCCGCAGCCCACCCGGGCGCGGGCGGGCGCCCCUGGGCGAAGGGCGACGCCGGCGGCCCGAUGCGGAGGGCCAUCAUGGAGCAGAUCAUGAUGCAGUUUCGGGAGCAGCAGCGGCAGAGCCAGCAGCUGAUGGAGCUGGCUGCCACCCUGUCGGCGGGCCCGCCUGGGCUGCAGCUGCAGACGACGGCGGCGGCGGCACCCGCUGCCUCGGCCCUGCCGCGCGCGCUGUCGCUGCCGCCGGGGCGGUGGCCGGAGGCUCGGGGCGGUGAGGGCCGAGCGGAGUGGGGCUCGGUGAUGGCAGCCUGCACGGACGGACUGGCCAAGCUGGGGAUCCAGCUCGAGAAUCGGAAGGGGGAGUCUCAGCGCGAGGCCAUGCGCAGUGUGCCCCGCCGCGUCAGGAGCUCGGCGAUGAAACAGGCUUUUCGGGACGAGAGUCUCACUGGCAACAACUGUCUUGUGGAGGACGAGGCCACUGUACUGGGCUGCGACGCGAUCGGCACCAAGCCUGCGAACCCGAGAGUGGCCAACGAGAGGCCACAGAUGCCACCGGUCAAGAGCACCCACGUAGAAGCUCCGAAGGAGAAGACGAGGCAGAAGGACGCCACGAAGAACGAGGGAGAGCAGAGGGGAAAGGACGACCCGCCUGCCACGUCGAGGGCCGAGGACCUCACCCAGGAGGAGACACCAGAGGAGCCUGGCCCGACCUCCGACGUCCUGCCCGAGGACCGCGACCAAUCCGGCGCCGCGAUCGCGGAGGACGCCUGCUCCAGCGCGGCCCCCGCGACGGCGAGCGUGGCGGGCCCCGCGCCCGCAGCGGGGGCACCGCCCCCGGCUCCGCCGGCAGCGCCCGCCGGGGAGGGCGGCGCCGCGCCCGCCCCGUGCCCGAUGCGGCGCUCGACGGGCAGCUGCCGCCCGUGCCUCUUCGCGGGGCGCGGCUGCAGGAACGGCGACCUCUGCCCCUUCUGCCACGCCUGCCAGCCGGGCGAGCGGGGGAGGGCCUCGGGGCCGCGGGAGAAGCACUUCUCCUGGCGCUGCCUCCGCAAGGCCACCGUCGCGGCGAGGGCGAGGGCGCGCGGCUGA